CAAAUUCAAAAUCGCAAUCAAACAAGCAACAGCCAGCCCGGAGAUACCGCUGAGAAAUAAAACGUGUGUUCCAUGAACGAUCCAAACGGAAUACAAGUGAAGUGUUACCACAAGCACAAGUACUACGCCCGAGGCAGAGCCAAGGCAAGAGUAAAAGCAAAAGCAAAAGCAAAAACAUAUCGAGACGCGAAUCGGAACGAAUCGUGUCCCGCCCCGACCCAACAAGUGUCAAAAUUCCAACCUACUACUCGACGAAUACGUGCGGCGCGUGCUACCAGAGCGAGGACAUUAUGCUCUUAUCCUAUCGAUGCAUAUACUCGAUGCUGCUGACGACCAUAGCCAGCAUUAUGGUCGUGCUCAGCAGCAGUGCCUCCCCGAGUUCCCUGCUGCCCACCGUCCGCAAGUGCGGAGGUGCCAACAGCGCCAUGGGAUCUUCGGCCCACACAAUGGCCAUGAAUCUGGCGGCCUACGGGCUGCUGGAGAACCGGAUUAGCACACUGGAAGCACCGCGACAGACGCACUGGAGCAAGAAGUUUCUGGCCAAGCGCGAGGCAACGCCCCACACGGCGCCCUACGUGGUCAGCAUACAGAUGAUGACCCCCGACCAGGGCCUGGUCCACUACUGUGCCGGCACUGUGAUCAACGAGCACUGGAUCCUCACAGCCGCCCACUGCCUCGGCUCGCCGCAGACAGUCGAGAACUCGGUGAUUGUUGCCGGCAGCCACGACAUUCACGACCAUCGCGGCGAGGCAGCCAACAUCCAGAUGCGCCACAUCGACUACUACAUCCGCCACGAGCUCUAUCUCGGCGGCGUCAAUCCCUACGACAUUGCUCUCAUCUACAUCAAGAGGCCCCUGGUCUUCGACGAGUACGUCCAGCCGGCCGUGCUGCCCGAGCAGGAUGCCCAGCCCGAGGGCUACGGCACUCUGUACGGCUGGGGCAACGUCUCCAUGACCGCCGUGCCCAACUAUCCGCACAAGCUGCAGGAAGCCAACAUGCCCAUCCUGGACAUGGAGCUGUGUGAGCAGAUUCUCGCCCGCUCCGGCCUCCAGCUGCACGAGACGAACCUCUGCACAGGCCCCCUCACCGGCGGCGUUAGCAUCUGCACCGCCGACUCUGGCGGUCCGCUCAUCCAGCAGUGCUGCGAGGACGCCUUCGAGCAGGGCAACAUUGUCAUCGGCAUCGUCUCCUGGGGCAAAAUGCCGUGCGGCCAGAAGAACGCGCCCUCCGUCUUUGUGAGGGUUUCGGCCUUCACCGACUGGAUCCAUCAGGUCAUUAGCUCGGCCACGCACAUCAUGUAAGAGGAGAGGCCACGCCACGCCACGCCACUGCCAAGGGAAGUCAAAGAAGAAGGAGAGGAGAGGACUCCCUCCGCCACAAGAGAGCUCGAAUGUGAAAAUAUCGAAAGAAAAGAAAAUCAAAUA